UCAUUGGUGGUGCUCCUGCUGAUCAACACUUACUAAUGAAUAAAAGGUCUGAACGUGUUCAUAAUAAGCACUGAACAGCCUAUUCAAGACAAGGAAUCUUUGGUGUCAAACAUGACUCCAAAAAUAAUGAAUCUAGACCUCCUUAAGAAUGAGAACAGAAGCCAACAUCACACCUCCGAUUUUAACAAUGCCAACCUUAUUUUAAGAAGAGGGCAAGAAUUCAAAUUUAAAAUCACUUUCUCUGAAGAGCUCACAAGUGAAGAUCUGAUAGAGCUGCACUUUACAACCGGUUCUGCACCAUUGCUAUCCAAUGGAUCACUUGUGAUAAUAAAAGUAAACUCUGAAUUCACGAAAAACCAGUGGAGAGCAAAUGUUCAUCAGAGCAAUAACAAUGAGCACGUGCUUGAAGUCUGUAGUCCUGCCAAUGCCAUUAUUGGAGUAUACUCUCUGUGCAUAGAGUUGGGAAAUGGUACAAUCUUCUACGCACCUGAUCAAAUGUAUCUGUUGUGCAACCCAUGGUGUGAAGAUGAUGAUGUCUAUAUGCCCAAUGAAGAUGAAAGACAGGAGUAUGUUAUGAAAGACACAGGUUAUAUCUACAGGGGAACAUACAAAAAUAUCAAAGCAAGGCCUUGGAACUUUGGACAGUUUGCAGACAAUGUGCUGGACUGCUGUAUGUACCUGAUGGAUUUUGGUGGCCUUAAACCUUCGUCCAGAAGGAAUCCAGUUAUAAUAUCCAGAAAAUUCUCUGCCAUGGUUAAUUCAAAUGAUGACUAUGGAGUCCUGACUGGAAACUGGAGUGGGAAUUACCCUGAAGGCACAGCUCCUACGUCCUGGACAGGAAGCACUGCUAUUCUGCAGAAGUACUACAGGGAAAAACGGCCUGUCUGUUACGCUCAGUGUUGGGUUUUCUCAGGGGUUAUCACAACAGUGAUGCGUUGCCUUGGAAUCCCAGCAAGGUGUGUGACCUGCUAUUCUGCAGCACAUGAUACAGAAAGGAACCUGAGAGUUGACAUGUACUUUAAUGAAAAUGGAGAGCCACUGAGUGAUCUGAACAGAGAUUCUGUCUGGAAUUUCCAUGUAUGGAAUGAAGUGUGGAUGAAACGGACUGACCUGCCCCAGGGGUAUGAUGGCUGGCAAGCGACUGAUGCUACCCCACAGGAACAAUACCAAGGUAUCUUCCAGUGUGGCCCUUGCUCAGUGGCUGCCAUAAAGAAAGGACAUAUAUAUUUACCAUAUGAAGGCAACUUUGUGUUUGCGGAAGUGAAUGCUGACCGGGUCCACUGGAUGGUACAUGGCGAUAACAGAAAAGGACCACACACCCUAUUAAAGGAAGAGAAAAGCUUCAUUGGGAAAUUUAUCAGCACCAAGAAGGUCAAUAAGUCAGAGAGAGAGGAUAUUACAUCUCAAUACAAGUUUGCUGAGGGGACGGCAGAAGAGAGGGAAGUUUUCCAAAGUGCCUGCUCUUAUCUCAAUGCAGACAACCCCUCCUGCUAUGCACAAAAUGCAUCUUCUGUAAAAGGAAUCAAAGUAAAAAUUCACAGUGGGCCUCAGUUAUUUCCUGGAAAUCCUUUAAAUCUGAUCAUUGAAGCUACAAAUAUAACAGAUGGGGACAAAACCGUGGAUGUUAUUAUUAGCUGCCAGCUCCAAACCUAUACUGGCAGAAUAACUGCCAACUUGACAUCUCUUAAAAAAUCAGUGGAAAUCAAAACGAACCAAGUGGCCUCCAUCCCUGCAACCAUCGAAGCUGAACUGUACAUGAAGUCUGUGAUGGAGGUAGACGAUGAGCUUGCUAUUGCAGUCAAUGUGAUCACUGAAAUCCAAGAGCUAAAGGAGAGAAGCUUUAAGACUCGCAUCAUCCAUUUCUAUUAUCCACCAAUAGGAGUGCAGGUUCCAGAAACUGUAUGGAUUGGUGAGUUAAUGACAUGCACUAUUAUCUUCCAAAACACUCUGAAUAUCCUACUGGAGAAGUGUGAGCUGAAUGUGGAAGCAUUAGACAUAUUCCAUUUGCAACGGGCCACUAUGGGAGACCUCUACCCUGGAGAUGAAAUAAGCCUCAGGAUUAAAUGCAGACCAAAGAAAGCUGGAGAGAAGAAAAUUGUGGCUGACUUUAUUUCUACCCAGAUCAAAGGCAUCGCAACGGAGCAAAUAAUUCAUGUCGUCUGUUAAAAAACAAAUUCCUGUAAUACUUUUGAAUCUGGGAUUUGUGAAAUUCUACUAUGACUAAAUUAAGCGCAAAAGCAAGUUAUUCUAUCAUCUCAUUCUAUCUAAUGUAGUUCUACAUUCCUCUCUCUUUUUUUCACUUAGAGGCAGAUUUAUCAAGGGUCAAAUUUCGAAGUUAAAAAUAUUGCGAAAUUCGAGCAUGGUAUUAAAAUACUUCAACUUCGAAUAUCGAAGUCAAAGUUUUUUUCAUCGAAUUUGGGUAUCCUGUGGUCAAAGUAAAAUCGUUCGAUCCAUCGAACGAU